CUAGCAAUGAUGACGUAUCAAGCUCACACAAAGAGUUUGCUACCACAACUUCCCCCAUGCAACAAGGGUAGCUGCAUGGACGGCGGCAUGGGCGUAUAUUUCUACGCAUCGCUCUCUCUAUUGGCAUUCGGUGCUGGCGGCGUAAAGGGUGCUCUUCCGGCACUAGGCGCCGACCAAUUCGACAGAAGGGAUCCCAAACAAGAAAAGGGGCUGGCCAGCUACUUCAACUGGCUCUUGCUCAGCACAGUUAGCGGUGCCGCCAUCGGAGUUACCUUCAUCGUUUACGUUGCCACCAAUAAGAACAACCAAAACUGGUGGAAGGGCUUUCUCAUCUCUACUUUAGGAGCAUUCGUCGGCUACGUGUUUCUUGCAAUCGGAAAGCCCUUUUACCGCCUCGAGAUUCCCAGAGGGAGCCCUCUCGUCAGAAUCGCAGAGGUUAUAGUUGUUGCGAUGAAAAAUCGUCGUUUAUCGCACGUGGAGAGUCCGAGUGAGCUAUACGAGGUUAAAGAGAAAGAUUCAGAAUCGAUUGCAGCAAAUGUUGCUCAUACUAAACAAUUUAGGUGGCUAGACAAAGCGGCGAUCCUCCCCGAAAACACGGAGCCCGCCCGAUGGAAAGUGUGCACCGUAACACAAGUCGAAGAAACGAAAGUCCUAAUCCGAAUGCUCCCGAUAAUCGGCAGCACGAUAAUAAUGAAUACGUGCAUGGCUCAACUCCAAACAUUCUCGGUCCAACAAGGCUACCAAAUGAACCCUAAACUCGGCUCGUUCAAAGUUCCCGCCCCUUCGAUCCCCGUCAUCCCUCUCCUCUUCAUGGUCGUCUUGAUUCCUGUGUACGACAAACUCUUCGUACCCUUCGCACGUAAAUUUACGAAAAACCCAUCGGGGAUAACGCAGCUCCAGCGCGUGGGGGUGGGCCUCGUUCUCUCGGCUCUGUCGAUGUCGAUCGCCGCGGUUGUGGAGGUGAAGAGAAGGAAACAAUCUCUGAAGAAUCCCUUUCAGCCGAUUAGUUUGUUUUGGCUUUCGUUUCAGUACGGGAUUUUCGGGAUUGCGGAUAUGUUUACGCUCGUGGGGUUGCUUGAGUUUUUCUACAAGGAGGCGCCGGCUGGCAUGAAGUCGCUGUCGACUUCGUUUACGUGGAUUUCGCUCUCGUUUGGGUAUUUCUUGAGUAGUGCUUUGGUGGAUAUUAUAAACUCGGCGACUAGGGGCGGCGGUGGCGGGGGGAGAGGGUGGCUGGAGGCGGUGCAGCAGAAUUUGGACACCACUAAGUUGAAUUUGUUCUACUGGUUUCUGGCGGUUUUGAGUGUGCUUAAUUUUUUCCAUUAUUUGUUUUGGGCGGUGUGGUACAAGUAUAAGAACGACGGUGGUGGUGGUGAUGCGGCGGCGGCGGCGGCGGUGCCGGAACCUGCUGAGGUGGCGGAGGAAGAUGUUUCUAAGGCCGCGGCGGCGGCCACGAAUGGGAAGGAGUGA